AGCGGUAAUCAACAUAACCUCAAAAUCGAAGGAUUGCAAAAUACGCCAAGAUCUCAUAAAAUCCGUGUUUAUUAUGGUUGAAAAUAAGAAAUUAAAGACUUUGCCAUGGGUAGAAAAGUAUCGCCCUUCGACACUGGAUGAACUUAUAUCGCACGAAGAAAUAAUCUCAACAAUCAGCAAGUUCAUCGAUGAGGGGCAACUGCCACAUUUGCUGUUCUACGGACCCCCAGGAACCGGGAAGACAACCACAAUUCUCGCCUGCAUCCGCGAACUCUACAAUCCGGGAGAGUUCAAUUCGAUGGUUCUUCAGCUAAAUGCUUCAGAUGAUCGUGGAAUUAACAUUGUGCGUGGGCAAAUCCUCACAUUCGCCUCCAAUAGGACAAUAUUCAGCGGAGGAGUAAAGCUCAUUAUCCUGGAUGAAGCGGAUGCAAUGACGAAUGAUGCACAAAAUGCCCUCCGGAGGAUUAUUGAGAAGUACACCGACAACGUUCGUUUCUGCAUCAUCUGCAACUACCUAAGCAAGAUUAUUCCUGCAUUGCAGUCCAGGUGCACAAGGUUCCGCUUUGCACCUCUUCUUCCCAAGCAAAUCCUCCCAAGAUUGGAGUAUGUUAUUCAGGAGGAGAAUGUCCUUGCCACGGAGGAUGGGAAACAAGCACUAAUAACCUUGUCUGGAGGGGAUAUGAGGAAGGUCUUGAAUGUCCUUCAGAGUACAUGGAUGGCCUUCAAAAAUGUCACAGAAGUGAAUGUUUACUCAUGCGUUGGACAUCCGCAGAAGGAGGAUGUGAAGAAUAUCAUGAAUUGGCUGUUGAAUGCAGAAACCUUCGAGGAGACCGUGGAUCAAAUUAAGAAUCUCAAGACUGUCAAAGGACUAGCACUGCAGGACAUUAUAACAGAGGUCCAUUCCUAUCUUCAUCGCAUGGAACUUCCUCCGAGAGUUUUAUGUUUGAUCCUCAUCAAAUUGGCAGAGAUUGAGGAGAGAUUGGCUGCUGGAUGCAAUGAGAAUCCUCAGCUGUCUGCUCUUGUUUCUGUUUUCCAUACUGCGCGGGACUUGGUUACCAUUGAGAAUUGAGAGCCACAGUUGAAAUUUAUUUUCUAAUAAGAUUUGAAUUUCCAGAAAAGUGAAUUUUAUUACUUUAAUGAUAAGAGAACCAUUAAAGUAAGUAUUGGAUUCCACAAUUGCUAAUUAGA